AUGGCCUCCAACUUCACAGUCCUCUACAACCAGCCCAAGGAGGGCGAAUACUUCGACAUGGAUUACUACAUCAACACACACAUGCCCAUUGUGAAUAAGCAAUGGGGCCCCAUCGGCCUGAAGAGCUGGCAGGUCAUCCAGGGCGGCCCUGAUGCGCCCUUCUCCGGCGGUGUUUUGAUGACCUGGGAGAAGCCCCAGGAUGCAGCAAAUGCUCUGACAGCGGAGGAGUCAAAGCCCGUCUUUGCUGACGUCCCCAACUUUACCAACUUGAAGCCAAUUUUGCUGCCUUCAACCAUCUUGAGCACCUGGGAGAAAUAA